AAAUUAAAGAAAGAAAGAUAACAACCUCUGGUUUUUCUCCAACCAUUAAUUCUUUGCUAAUUAAUUUUGGAACCACUGGUGCUGGGAUGCAUGAGUAUGUGGCCGAAUUACAAGUGGGAAAGAAAUAUUAUUUUAAUGGAGGUAAUUUAGAAAAUGCCAAAAUUUUAACUGGCAACAAAUUAGAUAUAAACAAUUCUGCUGACAAAAUUCCGGAAAUCCGAGUUUUCAAUGAAGAAGGGGAAAUAAUUACCCAUGGACCAGUAACACCGAAAAAGCCGCUUUCUUCCACAAUCAAAGAUAAAAUACUUCGCAAUUUAGACAAAAUAAGUUUCGACCAAGCCGGACAUUUGGCUAAUGCUGAAUUACUAAAAAACCCUCAAAAUGAAUAUGGAACCCAACAAAAAGAAAAGGCGGGAGUUUAUCAAAUAAAAAUUGACAAUGAGGAAAUAAAUCUGCGAGAUUUUGAUAGGUUGGAGAAUGAAAAGAAUUGGUUUGAAAUUAGAGACGCCAUAGUCAAUGGCAUUAAGCAAAAUAUCUCAGACUGA